UUCGAUCACUUGAUUUCUAUAGAUGUAUGGGUCAUUGCUAAGAAGAGAGAGAUUUGUUUCGUUUCGAAUUGAACGAGCCCGUGGAAGUUUCUGACAGUUAAUUUUAUCUCCGUCGUUAUGUGAAGUUCUCACCACUGGUAACGAUCGCUACCUUCACCGCCAAAAUGUCAAAUAUCAAAAAGUCACAAAAUACUUUUAUUAAUAGCCUACCUGUUUGUCGAGGCCAGGAAAUUAAUGUAUAAGUUUUAUUUACUCUGUGGACCAAAAGUUAACUGUCAAAAUAGUUUUACACAAUGUCACUGUCAUAACCGGUGUCAGAUAUCAGCUGUUUAUAAAAAUAAGUGUUAAAAGGUUAUAAAUAAGAUUUAGAUGAAAGGUUCUAUUAGAAAGUUUAUUUAAAAACAAGAAUUACAACGUAAGAGACUUCGUUUACGAUUACAAUAAUGUUAUACUUAAUAUCUCCGUAUAAUGACUAGAAAAAUUAUAUCGGGACUGACAGUAUUUUUGUGGUGAAAUAUUUUUAAAAAGUUAUUAUAUGAAAUGAACAUUACACUGAUAGAAUAACUGAUUACAUUCUACAUCCAAGCUAGAGUUGAAAUUCGAUGUAUUUCGUUAGAAGUUUAUAGUUUAUACCCGUAUUUACUCUACAACUGGUUUGUAUAAAAAAAAAUAACAGCGAUUAUUAUUAAUUCCACAUGGCAUUAUUUAUGAAACAAGACUUUAGUCCGCCUCUACUAUCAAGAAAAUGGAUCGCAAUAAAAUUAAGACCGAAUAUGUUACUAUACAGUCGAGAUAACAUCAUACAUAUCUUGGAGAGUGGGUUAUUGUUCAGAGAGGAUUGUGCGGAAGUAGAACAGGAGACUCCAGCUGUAGUGCGGCAAGCUGGUGGCUGGUUGACUAAAGGCGAGCAGGUCACAGCAGCUGCUUUAGUAGCUGCUUGUAUAGCAGUCUGUCCACCUCGGGAUUUGCAGCGUUCAACAUUACUCCGUACAGCGUCAUAUUUAUUGCUACCAGUAUGUGUGAGGCUGGCACACAGGCGACAGUGUAGGGGUCGUUUGCCCGCGCUGUUGUCUCUCAUGCGGGACUAUCUCGCUCUCGCGCGCCGUGCAGCCGCCCUCUGCAGGGAAUAUACCGCACUACAUGCUAAGCUGGAAUCAUUAUCAUCAGUGAUUGAGUCGACACACGUGAUGCUGUGUCGGCAGCAAAGCGCACUCUCAGUGCUGGCGGCGCGCGCCUCCUCCGCCGUACUCGGGAACGCGCCCUGGCUGUGGGACGACCUCGCUUGGGACGCGGUUAACAAUCAAGACGAUAAUUUACUGAAAAUUCAUCACGCGUUUCUAGUAGUGCAAUCAGCGUUACUUAAACAUAUCGCUAUGGUACAUUUUACACCACCGACACAUGCUCGAAAAAUGUGUAAAAACCACAAUGAACUUAUUUACUGGAUUCACACAACACUUAUAGAAUACCUUAUAGAUGAAUUUAGAGAGAAUUAUAAUUCUUUAGAGAGAAUGUAUCGGUUACUAAAGAAUUAUGGUGUUAAAGAUGAACCGAAGACAGGUCGAGUUGUGAAAGACAUUUGGAUGUAUUCCGACGUACAUACAGACAUAGCUAGAGCUUCUCUCGAACUGAAAUUAGCUCUAAAUAAAUGUAAUAGUAUAGAUAUGUUCCUAGAUGCGUGUGCGUUGAACAAACAGGAAUUAAGUGUCGUAAUCCUGAAUAAAGAUAUCGAAGAUUUGAUAGACAAUCUGACGAAAUGUCUGGCGACUGCACAAAAUUCACAAAUCAGAUUAAAAAAGAUGCAUAGAAAACUAGAUGAUGUGCCUAAAGUUGACAAUAAUGAGAGCAUAGAUGAGGAUGAAAAGAUUUUAAAAAUAGAAGACAAGGAACCAGAGACAAAAGAUGAAGUUUUUUAUUUCGUAAAAACAGAAGACGAUAGCAUCACGCAAGCAGCGGAAGAUGUAACAACUGGUCCAGGGAAAAAAGAAAAGGAAGCUACUAAAUUUGUUUUAAAUGAACUGAAAAGGAAAUUAGUGAAAAGAGAAGAUGUGAUGAGAGAAAGAGAGAGACAGGCGUUGGCGAAAACGAUGCCCGAACUCAAAAUGAUCCCAGAAUUCCCAAGGCAAAUAAAACUCGAAGAAGUUUUAGACAGAAAAGGUUUUAUAUCAAAAAUAUUACGAAACCAAACGAAAAAAAGUAAAUUUAAAGCAAUAAAUAAACAUUUGGUACUUAAACGUAAUAAAAAAUCCAGUGUUUUUAAUAAAAAGAAAUGUAUAUUAAAAAAUGAAUUUUAUAUAAACGACAAAGAAAUACUUGGAGUUAUUUACGAAGCAAAUGCACAUUUAAAAUUGAAGACCAAACUUAUAACGGUUACUGCAACUAGUUAUUUUAUAGUAGUAACAAAGUGGUAUAGAAAAUUAAAACCGGUUAUAGAAGACAAAUUCAACCACAAUAUCGGCGAACCAAUAAAUCAAAAACUAAACAAUAAUUCGCCAGAUAAUUUCAAAGUUUCAAAGAAAGAUUUGGAAAUAUCGUCCUCCGAAAGUGAAUCUGACUUCGAUCUAAUCGAACGAGGUGACAUUUUAAAAGACAUUCGACGUCAUAGAGUAAAAAAGAACGCGACCAUAGACACAGCAGACGAGAGUUUGAAACCCAUAGAGUAUAGUUUGGGAACUGGAUUGGCUAUGGCAUCAGUGUUACAAAUAAAUAGCUUCGCGAAUAGACGGAAUAUGGCUGAAGAAGAGUUUAUUGGCGAUGGUGAGGUGUCCGAUGAUAGUGGCAAUGAUGAUUAAAACAAAUUUACUAAUUUCUCAAUAGUUUUUAAGAUAUAUUAAAAGUUGAUUAUUAAGAAAUAAAUUCAAUUGAAACUUAACGAUCGUGGCAGCCUUUUUUUAAGGGAAAUCCAUACUUGUAAUCUAAAUUUCACUGAUCGAAUCAUAUAUCAACGUCA